UGUUCAAUUAUAUGUCAUCCAACCUAUCCAACAGGUCUCCACUUAACCUCAGAGUGGCUGUACCUGGCUGCCUACUGCACUCACGCCAGUCUCCCAAAUGCGAUAAUGAACGGGUGACGUAUGAUUUCCCUUUCACGCCAAUUACCCGAUCAGCAGUGAGGUAAUAAUACAUCUUCGAUGCCCGGACUAAUAAUAGAAUAUUCAAGAGCUAGCCAUACCUUUUCCGAAAAUUGAAAACUAUUAAAAGCACCUGCACAUCCGACUUCUCCGAGUAUUUCGGUUUUACGUCGCGUGCAAUGAUGAAGUCGCGGAUUGUUGUGCUGGUUUUGAUUGGUGCUUCCAUAAUCGGAACCGUUUCCGGAAGACGAAAAAUCCAGUGUCGGUUAUUUCAACCGGGAGUGGAUUCAACCACGGCUGUAACCCCCGUUGCCGGUCAACAAUUUCUAAAUAGUACGGACUUUGAGACGAUUAUGAUGAAGCUGGACGCGCUGGAUCUGCGGAUGGUGAAGGCAGAGUUCGCGCUGUUGAACACGGUCCAGACGAUCGCUGCCGAUAUAGAGAACUUGGGCCAGGUUGUGGAGAAACUGGCCUGGGUGGCGAGCCAAACCGAGUUGUCCAGCAGCUUUGUGGAACAUCACGUGAAGGCGAUCGAGUUCAAUUUGACGAUGCUUCAGAAGGAUGUUCGGGAUUUAUUGAAUGUUCAACAGCGGCUGCCAACGAGGACGUAUAUUGAAAAUGCACUGGUUAAGUUGAGAUUCCAUCAGCAGCAGCAGCAGGCUGAGGGAGAAAAUGAGAAUCCGGAGCCGCUGACGAAGAUGGUGGAGAAUAUGAUGAUGGACGACCAUAUGUACGAGUACUGUGAUCAGUUGCCGGAGACUAAAGAAUCCGGGGUUUACAUGGUUAUGCCGGAUGGGGACUUCCGGGAACCGAUGAAAGUGUUCUGCAAUCAGACUUAUUUGGACGGUGGGUGGACUGUGAUCCAGCGACGGUUCAAUGGAACAGUUAACUUUUACAGGGAUUACAAUGAGUAUGUGCGAGGGUUUGGGAAGCUGGAUGGUGGCGAGUUUUGGCUGGGUUUGGAAAGAAUUCAUCGGUUGACGUAUUCGGCUCCGCACGAGUUGGCCGUGGUUCUGGAGGACUGGGAGGACGAAAGUCGGUAUGCGCUGUACGAGAAUUUUGAAAUCGCCGGGGAAUUCGAGCACUAUAAGGUGACAAAACUGGAUGGAUAUAAAGGAGAUGCCGGUGAUUCGAUGAACUAUACACUGAAUGCCAGAUUUACCACGUUCGACCAGGAUCACGACACCAACGAGAAGCAUAACUGUGCCGUCAAAUAUCACGGGGCGUGGUGGUACAAAGCUUGUCACUCUAGGAAUUUUCGUUAUCCACACAGUAAUUUGAAUGGAAAAUACCUCCGCGGCAAGACGACUGAGUUUGGAUCGGGGAUGAACUGGGACACGUUCCAUGGUAUGAGUUAUGCCUUGAAGUCCUCGACCAUCAUGAUUCGUCGACGGUUGGAUUUGAUUCCUGUGGGAGCAAUUCAGGAAAUUUACUUGUAUGAAGAUAGGACGCGACAUAAAGUAUCCCAGGAGGGAUUGACGGAGUCGUUGGACAAUGCCAUCAAUAACGAGGAAGUAUCUGUACCAGAGUGAUUGAAAUAAACCCAGUUG